AUGAUCUCUGUUGAAUUUCAGAAGUUAAAUAAGAUACCAUUAGAGGAAGGACACGAAGUAGUAGUCAAGAAAAAACAAUUAUUUGCUUAUUCUAAAUAUGAAGACAGGAAAGAAGACUGA